AGCUUCGCCAGCAUGUGAAUCCACUGGCACGCCCCUACAUUGAGCCCCAGGUCUACACAGCCGAAGAAUGGAGGGACGUAUACUCACAGCGUCUACGGCCACUGCACCUGGAUUUAGGAUGCGGCUUGGGAGGCUAUGUCAAAGGUGUUGCAAAGGACUGCAUUGGCUGGAAUUAUCUGGGACUUGACAUCCGGCAACCGUACAUAGACUAUGCUUCUGCCAACUACGCGAGCGACUCUAUCCAGUAUAGGCAGUGCAAUGUAAACUUCAACCUAGAGGCGCUGUUGGACUCUCUUCCGGUACCUCUGUCCUUCGUCUCCAUGCUUUUUAGUGAUCCCUGGUGGAAAUCCACACACGUGAAGAGGCGCAUGGUAACACCGGAAUUGAUACAAACACUGACUAAGCACAUGGGCAAAAACGCGAACACACAGCCCGAUCUGCCCAGAUACAUCUAUGUCAAAUCUGAUGAGCAGAUUGUCAUAGAUCAGGCGUCUAUCAGUAUAAGCAAGAGCGGAACACCGUGGGUAUGCGUUGCAGGUACCUUGGAGAACAACCAUGACCAGCACUUGUUAAGCGCUACCAAAGUAGAAACCGAGAGAGAUAUAGCGUCGAAAAGGCGUGGUCGACCCAUUUAUUCUCGGCUAUGGUCAUUGCGUACGGAAUAGAAUACUACCAGAUAUAAAUAAAUCGAAAUGAAGU